CAAACACGCUGAGUUUAAGCAGUUUCAUUCAUGAAAACAGCUUGAGUAGUAUUAUUUGACUGUGUAAAAACAUCAAUAUUUUCGAUUUCUGCGAAGGCACCGGUCAUGUCCUCCGAGGGCGACGAGCAGGAACUAGAGCUAUGCCGCGUUUGCGCCAACCCGUUCGAAAUCUGCACCAUGUUCCGGCUGUUUGACGAUGCGGAACUGGCCGACAUCUUCUGGCUGGUGUCCGGCAUCGAGGAUCGUGAUGUCGAUUUCAAGCUUCCGGAAAGCUGCUGCCAGGGCUGUAAGCAACGGCUACAAGAGGUGGCGGAUUUGCGGGACUUGUGCCAGGAGUCGGAUCGAAAGCUGAGAAAAAUUAUAGACGGAAGUGACGCCGGAACUAUUCUUAAGCUGGAAAUACUUCAGCUUUCACAGUCGUGCUGGGAAGAUAGUGGAAUCGUGGCCGGUUCUGAUGAUGAACAAAACGAAAUGGUUCACAUUGAGGAGGAAUUAGAGGAACUCAUUCCAAAUGAAACAAAGCCUGAAUAUAUCGAUAAUGAAAAUGCCGAAGAGUCAAACGUAUUGCUCAAUCUAGAGGAUGAAGUAAUGCGUAUCGAGCCGGAUAAUGAUAACUCAGAACAUGAAACCAUAUUAGAAAAGCCAAAGAGUACAACCAAGAGAAAAGAAUCUGUAUCGCAACCUAAAAAACGUGGUCGAAAACCAAAGCAUCUAGUCUCCGAGCCAAAUAACGAUGGCUUGAAAAAGACAACUAAACGCAAGUUGCCCAAAACAUAUCAAUGUGCUUCGUGUGGUCGUACUUUCAAAUCUUUGCACUCUCUGAAGGAACACGAAACAACUCAUUCGCCAGAAAAAGCCUGGAAAUGCCACAUUUGCCCGAAGGAAUUCGGUCGACGUGAUUACUACAAACGCCACAUCAACAUGCACGAAACCGAGGGCCAAUUCAAAUGCAACGAAUGUGACAAAGCCUUCCACGCGGACAAGCUACUGCAGGAGCACAUUCGCAUAAAACACGUCGGAGAUCGUCCCUUCAAAUGCAAACUGUGUCCAAACGCGGCCUACGCACGCGCCUCGUCCCUGUACGCCCACGUUAAAAUCAAUCACGAGAAGAAGCAACCCUUCAAGUGUGACAUCUGCUUGCGCACGUUCUACUCCAAAAACUGUCUGGAACGACACAAAAACCGCCACAACGGCAUCAAAACAAGCCAGUGUCCGCACUGUGCGAAGCGUUACGAGUCCAACAACUAUCUCCAGCAGCACAUUGCCCAGCGGCAUCCGGAACGGGCGCACGAUCUGCCCCAGUGCCAGUACUGUGGCGCUCCGUACAGUGCCGACAGUCACUACCGGAAGCACGUGGCGGCGAAGCAUCCGGAGCACUUCGAGGCGUUUGAGCUCUGGUUGAAGGCGAAGCGGAAGGCGAUGGGGCCCGCUUGGCGUAGGUUGAUCUCAAAGAGCUACCAACUCGGCUCGUUGGUAAACAGAUUCUCCCGUUCGACAAGCCCGUGCUGCCGAGGCCGACUUUCUCCGCCCGCUACCAUGUCUUCCGUCGAGGCCCUGCUCCUGUGCCGGGUUUGUGCCAACCCGGCCGACGACUCCGCCAUGUUCCGGCUGUUUGACGACGCGGAUAGGCCGCUGGCGCUGGCGGAGAUCUUCCUGCAGGUGUCCGGAAUCGCCAUCCAGGUCGGGGAUUCGAAACUUCCGAAAAGUUGCUGCCAACGGUGUCGGGACAGGUUGCAGGAGGUGGAAGAUUUGAGGUCGUUGUGCCAGGAAUCGGACCAGAAGUUGCGCAAAAUGAUUGGCAUUACGGUGAAGGAGGAGGAGGACAGUGAGGAACAAAACGGGAAUGAUGUGGAUGCGAUUCCGAAGGUGGAAAUGAACCAGCUGGAUUCGGAUGAUAGCCGGAGUGAAUCAUCGGACGAUGAAAAACCUUUGAAAUCCAGGAAAGCGAAGAGAGAAAGGUCUGAGAGUAGGACGAAAAUGGAGGAAAGAGAUUGCUUUUCAGAGGAUGACCCGGAUGAAGAUCCAGAUUUUAUGGCGAAAAACAGUCCGAAAAAGGUUGGGAGAAAAAGGAGAGAGGAGAUUAUCAGUGAUGAACCUAAAAUCCCGAAAAAGCGCGGUCGGAAACCCAAGAUCCGAGAUCCAGCAUUGGAAGCCAUUCCAAAAGUUUAUAAAAAGCGUGGUCCAAAACCCAAAAAUCGAGAUCCUAACGCAGACCCGGAGGAGGAGAAGGAGCGGAAAAAGAAAGAAAAGAAGGAAAAGGUCCAGCAGGAAUCACUAUGUUGCAUAGUGUGCGGGAAAGUGUACAAAUCUCUGUUUGCCCUGCGAGAACACGAAACAUCCCACUCGAAUGAAAAGCGCUUCAAAUGCGAGAUUUGCUUGAUGGAGUUUGCUCGGCGGAACAACUACAAAUUGCACCUGAAACGGCACGAAACGGAGGGACAGUUCAAAUGCAACGAAUGUGACAAAUCAUUCUACCUGGAAAAGCUGCUCACCCAGCACAUCCAGAUACGGCACCGCGGCGAGCGUCCUUUCGCGUGCAAGUUCUGCCCGAAAACGUAUCCCCGGGCAUCGUCGCUGUUCAUGCACGUCCGAACGAUCCACGAGGGCAUCAAGAAGAAAACGAUGAAGUGCGACAUUUGCAUGCGACAGUUCGUGUGCAAGUACGGCUACGAGCGCCACAUGAACAGCCACAAGGGCAUCAAGUUGAACCAGUGUCCGCACUGUGGCAACAAGUACGAGUUUAAGGCGUACGUACUGCAGCACAUUGCCGAGAAGCAUCCGGAAACGGUGCCGAAUCUCACCCGGUGUCAGUAUUGCGGCGUCGGUUACAGCUCGGACGGAUACUAUCGAAAGCAUAUCGUCAAGCGGCAUGCGGAGCAUUUGGCAGAGUUCGAUGUGUGGAUGAAGGCAAAGCGCGAGGCGUUGAUGUUUCCCGGAAAGCAGGCCAUACCGGUCGUUGACGCCGUUGCCAGUGCGGAACCCACACCGUGUCAGGAAACGGCUGCGUCUUUCCCUGAAAAGACUAGUAUUAAUUAAAUGUAUGGCGUUUUAUUUUGUAAAAGUGAUGUCGAUAAUAAAACCACUGUCUCAAAUUUA